GCCGUGGUUGGCUGCGCCCGGGACGCAGCCGCUCGCCGCCUCGCUUUUCACGCUGACGCCAAACUUUUGUGGAUGGGAAAAGAAAGUCUCUGUCCCGCUCCGAAGGGGGGAAAGAAGAAACGAACAACGCACAACUCACCUCCACGGUGUUGAACGCUCGAGGAUGUCCGAGGACUCGUGGGCGCUGGCUGUCGACGUGCAGGAGGCCGCCGUGACUCCGCCGCCACAGUUGGACUUUUCAAAGAAAGUGGGUCGACUGCGUGCUGCGUGUACCACGAGAGAGGACAUCAACGGCAACGUUGUGCCGGGGAGGGGUGGCGAUGGAGGCCGCGGGAGGGACGGGGGCGAGGUGGUGGAGCUGGCCGAGCAGUCGCUGCUCAACAAGAUGAUCCGUCGCUCGCUGGUGAGGAACAGGAACCAGGUGGAGGUGCUGCAGCGGGACCCCACCUCCCCGCUGUACUCCGUCAAGACGUUCGAGGAGCUGCGGCUGAAACCGGAGCUGUUGAAGGGAGUGUACAACAUGGGCUUCAACAGACCCUCCAGGAUCCAGGAGAACGCUCUCCCCAUGAUGCUGGCUCAGCCACCUCAGAAUCUCAUCGCCCAGGCUCAGUCCGGCACAGGUAAAACCGCCGCCUUUUCUCUGGCCAUGCUCAGCCAUGUGAACCCAGCCAACAAGUGGACUCAGUGCCUCUGCAUCUCGCCGACGUAUGAGCUUGCGCUGCAGAUCGGUCAGGUCAUCGAGCACAUGGGGCAAUUUUGUCCGGACGUGAAACUGGCGUACGGCAUUCGAGGCAACAGAAGUAUGGAGCGUGGCACCAAGCUGCAGCAGCAGAUUGUCAUUGGAACUCCGGGCACGGUCCUCGACUGGUGCACCAAGUACAAGUUUAUCGACCCCAAGAAGAUCACCAUGUUCGUGCUGGACGAGGCCGACGUGAUGAUCGCCACGCAGGGUCACCGGGACCAGAGCCUUCGAAUCCACAGACAGCUGACGAAGGACUGCCAAAUGCUCCUGUUCUCCGCAACCUUCGAGGAGUCCGUGUGGAGGUUUGCCGAGCAGGUGGUUCCAGACCCCAAUAUCAUCAGGCUGAAACGUGAGGAGGAGACGCUGGACAACAUCCAGCAGUUCUACGUGGUCUGCAAGGAGAAGGAAGACAAGUUUGCGGCGCUCUGCGAACUGUACGGAUGCCUCACCAUCGCACAGGCCAUGAUCUUCUGCCACACUCGCAGUAUGGCUGCUUGGCUGUCUGCACAACUGAUCAGAGAGGGCCACCAGGUGGCGUUGCUGAGUGGGGAGAUGACUGUGGAGCAGAGAGCUGCUGUCAUUGAACGCUUCCGCCACGGCAAGGAGAAAGUGCUCGUGACCACGAACGUGUGCUCCAGAGGUAUCGACGUUGAGCAGGUGUCGCUCGUGGUCAACUUCGACCUGCCCGUGGACAUGGACGGACACGCCGACAACGAGACGUACCUUCACCGGAUUGGCCGCACAGGGCGCUUCGGCAAAAGAGGGUUUGCCGUCAACAUGGUUGACAGCGAACGCAGCAUGGAUAUCAUCCACCAGAUUGAGAUGCAUUUCAACCGGAGAAUCUCAAAACUGGACACCAGCGACUACGAAGCGAUGGAGAACCAGUUGAGCUGAGAGACCUGCCACAGGAUCCACCCGGCACCGACGCAGUUAAAAACGUUGUUACCUCAACUCUCGGGUUCUUUUCUUUGUGUUUGGCAUUUUCAUUGUUUAUAGGAGAGAUUGCAUGCAAGUGUUGAUUUAACUCGUGUGCCAAAGUUUUCACUUGGAUUUCAUUUGAUUUGUCACUGAAGUCACCUUAAGCCUUAGACGCUGAGUCUCCCAGAGACGAUAAACUAAACCACCAGCUGUUAAAACAGCAUCUAGGAUUUAAGAAUGGUGGAGAUCUAAAAAAAAUAUUGGUUUGCUGUUUGAUUAAUAUUUAUUUAUUUUUUUGCAUGGUUUGAACAAAGUAUCCUUGAGUGACUUGACGUGUUUAAAAUGCCUGUUUAAGUCGAGUGGUAGUUGACUGUUGAUUACCUGAAAAUAAGUUGGUUGUUUCUCAGUUUGUGUGGAUAAAAAAAUUAAAAAACUGUCUCAUGUAACAAAACCAGUUGAGACAGUUUAUUGGCCGCUGAAAGGCUGUUGUUGUUAACGGAACAGGUUAACGAAUAAGAUAAAUAUAUUGGUUGCGUCUUAAAGGGAGAACUUCAGAUAAUAUACAAUAUGUUCCAACAGAUUAAAAUAAAUAAACAACAACUGUGACCCUCUGA